ACAGACAGGCAUAUGGACAGGCAGGACUCGGGGUCCUGAUGGGAGCUAAUGCUAAUAAACAAAAAGAGCGCACGUGGCUAAAAAACAACAAAUAUUUGUUAUUUAGAGACAGGUGUUGACCACGUGCGCACAUCAGCAGAGCGCGCGGACAUGGACAGUUACCCUGGAGUCAUCACAGCUGAUCCGACAAAACAACAAGAGAGGCACUACUACCUGCUGUCAGAGCUGCAGGCGUUAGUCAAAGAUCUGCCCAGCUCCUUCCAGCAGCGCCUGUCCUACAACACCCUGAGCGACCUGGCCUUGGCGCUCAUAGAUGGGACCGUGUAUGAGAUUGUGCAGGGUCUCCUGGACAUCCAGCACCUGACGGAGAAGAACCUGUACAACCAGAGGCAGAAGCUGCACUGCGAACACCAAGCACUGAAACAAGAUCUCGUACGGAAGCACAAAGAUGCCCUGCAGUCCUGCAAGUCUCACAACCUCACACUGCUCAAGUCAAACCAACAGGCUGAACUGGAGGCUCUGGAAAUCCGCGUGCGAGAGGAACAAAGAAUGAUGGACAAGAAGAUCGUAGCAGAAAUGGAUCAAAAAGUGAUAGACCAGCAGAACACCCUGGAGAAGGCUGGAGUCCCCGGGUUUUAUAUCACCACUAAUCCUCAGGAGCUGACGAUGCAGAUGAAUCUACUCGAGUUGAUCCUGAAGCUCCAACAGAAAGAUUCACAGUCUGGAAUCCUUUGAGGACACGUCGUGCCAAAAGAAAAAGAAAACAAGACGUUGUGCGCUCACGUUCCUGCAACACGUGUCGGUCAACACGUGGCAUUGUUCACUGAUGAGUUACGAGUGUAACAUUCACCCUGGAAACCUGCAGAGGAAGGAAGGUGGUCUUUGAGUAACGCGUUUCCAGUCCUGGGACAGAGCAGCAGCAGGUCGUGACGCUUGUGAAAUCAUGACGUCGAUGGAAGACACUUUAUACACAUGCAUACAUUUAAGCAGAGCAUCAAGAGACGUGGCAGUAAUGUGGUUAAUUGAGGUUAAUGGUUGAUUAAGGACAGAGUUUGCUGUAGGCGAGAUGAUCUCUGCAUACAUCGACGUUGAAGCUGAAGUUCCACACAUGCUUGUGUGUCAUGGUGAAAGUUGUUUUGUGCCGUUUGUUUACUCAGCUCCCAGCGGCCUUCAGGCGUCGACUUUAAAUGUGUGAAACAGAAACGAGGCCUCGCUCUGUUUUGAACAAACUUUGUUUAUUUGAACAUUACUGAGACAUUUCUCAUAUUUUUUCUUUUUCUCACUUUGCAACUCUGCUGUUGUUUUUUUAUCUGUUAGUCAGUUUGUUUUAGUUCUUUUUAAUUUAAUUUUCUUUUAAAGUGCUCGUUUAAUGCUUACUGUUCCACAUAAUGAAACGAUAAUAAACAAUUCAUUAAUGAUAAAACACAGCAUGAACAAAACCAGUGUGUGGACAGUAGCAUUAGAUAUUUGUCCAUUACAUGAAUAUCUGAUGUGUUCAUGAAGUCUGUGAGUGACUUCUGUCCUCAUUGAUGGUGUAACACUGCAUAAGCAGUGACAUGUAAGACUACAUUUGCAUAUUUAUCUCACCCAAAAAUGGGCCUGUCCUAUGUGCACGUUGUCUUUUAACCCUCUGCUGCUUCACGUCACACAGAAAGGGUCAGUACAACAUCAGAUUUUACAAUAAAUACUGACCCACGGACAGGUAGAUCUUAUUCUUUAUAUGCUCAU